AUUGUUGAGAGGGGAGAAGUAUUCACGGAAGGUUUAGAUGGUGAACAUUUUAAUGAGAAUGGAAUAGUAUAUUGGCGACGAAGAUUUGAAAAAUCAAGAGUUUAUCAAGAAAGAGAGGAGAAAAGGAUCAUGUGUUUGAACAAUGUCAGUAUAAGAAUUUUUUAUGAAAAAAAUUAUAUUUUUGGAAAAUGUGAUAAUAAUCAAAAUCUUGGAUGUGGAUGUUCUUAUGAUGAAAUUAAAAAAAAAUUUGAUGAAUUGAUAUUGAUAAGACCAGCAAUAUCAAAAGAAAGACGAUAUCAUUGUUGUGAAUGUCAUAAUAUUUUCAAAUUUUAUAAAUUAGAUAAAGAUUACAAAUGCAAAGAAUGUUAUAGAAUAUUUUGUGAAAAUUUAGAUGAAGAUGAUAUUAGAAAAAUUGAAUAUAUUCAAAGUAAUGAAUAUCAAAAAAAUCUUGUUAAUUGUGUUGUUUGUGAUAAAGAACAUAAACGAGGAAAUUAUAUAGAAUGGAUAGGAGAUUUUUGUGAUAAUCAUCACCAGAUAGCAUAUAAAGUUUGGGAUGAUAUUCAGAAUCCAAAUAAAGAAAUAUGGACUCGUAUAGAUCAUUGGACAGAAUCGACUAAAAGUGGAAUGUCUUAUUAUCCGAUUAAUAAGAGUGCAGUACAUAGAACUAUUUUGAUAUUGCAAGGUAAAUCAAAAUUGACAUAUGAAGAAGCAUUAGAAGAACAAUAUGGAGAUAAAUGGAAUGAUCGAGAAAGGAUAGAAAUAGAUAAAGAUGAAAGAAUUCGAGAAUUGGAAAGACAAAUUGAUGAAAAGACAAAAGAAAUUAAUGUGAUUAAAUUAGAAUUAGAUAGAUAUAAAAAACUAUUCAUGUUAAUUGGAAAUUUUGUUAAUUUAGUUAGAAAUUUUUUCAAUUUAUUUAAUAGUACAGAUGUUAUUUUAUUAUAA